UCAGUGUGCCCCCUUACAUUAGGUGUCACCAUCAGAGUGCCCCUUUACAUCAGGUAUCCCCAUCACAUUGCCACCUUACAUCAGGUAUUCCUGUCAGAGUGCCCCCUUACACUCAAAGUACCCCUUUCUAUCAUAUUUCCCCAUCAGAGUGCCCCUUUAAAUCAUAUUCCCCAUCAGAGAGCCCCUUCCCAUCACAUGUGCCCAUCAGAGUGCCCCUUUACAUCAUAUGUGCCCAUCAGAGUGCCCCUUUACAUCAGGUAUCCCAGUCACAUUGCCACCUUAUAUCAGGUAUUCCUGUCAGAGUGCCCCCUUACACUC